CAUGGACUGUCACAUCAGACGUUUUGAAACGCAAAAUGUUAUUUUUCCAGUUAAAGAUACAAGAAUGAGUCAUUUUUUUAAUACAAUCUUCUAAGUUAUUAAUCAAUAAUCUAAACUCUGGCCUAUAAUUGAUUUAACUUAUUUUGGUUAUUUUCAAAUUUAAAGCUAAAGUGCUGUCACACCAGUGACCAUCAUUUCCAUGGACCUCGUUAUUUUUACUCCAAAAAAAUAAAUUUGGCAACAUUGUCUAUCAUUAUUUAGCGGAAGGGGAGAUAUCGCCAUCACAGUUGUCAGUGAAGAGCAACGCGAGUAAGGUGUGUCACGUGAUUAUUUACUACAAGAGGCCAACACGUGGUUUUACAGGUCGAACAAUGUCAAAAACAUCACAGAUUGAAAGAAGGCGUCAACAAAAGCGAGAAUGUGAGCGCAGGAGGCGAGAAAAAAUUAAAGAGAAUGCGGAAUUGUACGAGUCGUCCAAAAUAAGCGAAAGAGAACGGUAUCAGAAACGCAAAGAAGAAAAAAAGCUAAGAUCUAUUAACGAACAACCCAGAAGAACGGCGAAAGUUAUAAGAAAAUCUUGGAGAGAAGCCUCUCAGCGAUAUAGGGACAAACAAAAAGACAACAAUAUAGAGAAAAGUCUGCUACAGAACGUCCAACCACCAGUACAACCAAAUGUUUUCCAGGUCUUUGAGACGCCUUUGUCAUCAAGAAAAAAAUGUGGAAGAAAGCAAGUAUUAAGAAGGAGGUCAAAGACUGUGAGGGAAUUGAAUAAUUUAAAACUAAAGUUGAAAAAGGUCGGGAAAGAAAAAAUGAAGUACAGACAAAGGUAUCACAGAAUGAAGAAAAAAUACAAACUGGAAAGAAAUAAGAAAAAUAGUCCUGAAUCGAAUGUUGAACGAGAAAUUGAUGGUCUUAAUGUUCCGCCAUAUAUAAAAUCAAAGUUGGUUAUUGCUGAGGCACUGAAACUUCAAAUAGAAAAAAACUAUAAAUUAAGAAAAGGAAUAAAUGAAAAACAAGAAUUUGCAAAAUGUAUUUCAGGAAAAAUUAUAAAGAAGUAUAAGUGCUUGAGAUUUGUUAAAAUGGGUUCCUACAAUCUACACUUCAGAAAACAUGUGAAUUUUUCAAGAAAUAAGUUGAUGACAAGACAGAUUAAACAAGCAAUAACGCAUUUUUAUGAAGAAGAUGAGAAUAGUCGUAUGACACCUGGAAAAAGAGACUUCAUAACCUUCAGGAAAGUCAGAAAACAAAAACGCUUUUUAAAUGACACCUUAAAAAACUUAUACUUAAAAUUCUGUUCUAAGGAAGAACAAUUUAGAGUUUCCUAUGCUUUUUUUUGCAGUUUAAGGCCGUUUUGGGUUUUAAUUCCAUCAGCAGCCUCUAGAGAAACGUGUCUAUGUUCCACACAUGAAAACAUGAGGCUACUUGUUUCCAAACUGAAAGUUUUGCACAUAACUGCCGAAGGCUCCCCGGAUAAUCUAGUUAAAACUAUAUGCUGUGAACCAGUCACCGAAGAGUGCUUACAAAGGCUUUGUGAGCAAUGCCAUCAUAAAGAAUUGAUGCUGGAUGUAUAUGACGAGGAUGAAAAUUCCUCUUUUAAAAAAUGGAUUACUCAGAGAGAGGUAAUUAUGAUAAAAGGCAAGGAAAAAGUGGUAUCAAAGUGUAAAAAAGUGGACAUUUCUUGCACGAAACGUGAUUUGGUGAAUGAGCUGGAAAAAAACUUGCAAAAUUAUAUGUUCCAUACAGUCAAGAUGCGACAUCAACAUGAAUCAAUAACUUACUUGAAAACGAAUCUACAAGAAGGUGACAUUUUAAUACAUAUGGAUUUUUCUCAAAACUACGAAUGUAAAUACUCUGAGGAAAUCCAAAGUGUUCAUUUUGGUGGCUCAAAGUCUCAAAUCACGCUACAUACGGUAGUGUGGUAUUAUCAGUCUGAUGGAGAAAUAAAAGCAAAUCCUUUUUGUAGUCUCUCUGAUAACUUGAGACAUGAUCCAGCCAGUAUAUUAGCACAUUUAAAUCCACUAUUUGAAAUAAUUACUGAUAUAUUUCCUACUGUAAACAAUGUUCAUUUUGUUAGUGACGGGCCCACAACACAGUAUAAAAACAAGACGAUGUUUUUUCUGUUUGCCGCCGAGUUUCCUAAGAUUCUAGGAGCUAGCAAUAUGACAUGGAAUUUUACAGAAAGUGGACAUGGAAAAGGAGCAGCCGAUGGAAUUGGUGGUUGCGUAAAGCGAACAGCAGAUCGAGUGGUAGCUCAUGGUAAAGACAUACCUAACUUGGAGAUUCUGGUCGAAGUUUUGCGACAAAAUUGUCCAGGGAUAAGGUUUCAUGUAAUAUCAAAUGAGGAUAUAGAAAGGGUCAAUGAUGUGAUACCAUUUUUGAUAAAACCUUUUAAGGGAACUCUCAAGAUACGAUCAAUUGUAUGGUCAUCAAAAAAUCCAGAAAUUAUACAUUUGAGAAGAUUAACUUGUGUGGAUGGUUGCGGCUAUGGAGAUUUGUGUGAACAUUACCAUUUGGGCGAAAUACACAUUUCACCUCCCAACACUCAGUCUCGUAUCAGAUAUUCGAAUGUUUACUCAACGUCAGAUGAAAGUUCCAACAGAGAUACCUUAAGUCAAGAUAACAUUUUGAUUGAAAAUGAAUUAACAGUUGGAGAUUUUACUCUGGUAGAAUAUCCAUCGAGAUGCAAGGUCUAUUAUGUUGGAAAAAUAGAAAGUAUUUCUACCGAUGACACCAUGAAGGUUGAUUUUAUGAGAAGAAUAUUAACUUCCAAAAAAGAAAAUUUUGUUUUCAUUUGGCCUGAGGAAGCAGACAAUGAGUUUGUGACUCGAAGUGAUAUCAAAAAGACUUUACCAGUGCCAAAGAAACUAAGAAGGGGCAAAUAUUGUUUUGCAGAUAAGGAGCUUAUUGGGUUCAGCAAUAUUAAAUAG